AGUGACGCAUGGUUGGUGCACUGGAUUUCCUGGAACGUGCGAGGAUACUGGCUCGCAAUUUACCAGAGAUGCAAUCUAAUCUCAAUUUUCCAUGGCUCAUAUAUAAUGCACCUCAAAUUUCUUGGCUGCUCCAGGGAGAGGAAGGGUGUUCAACUGCAUUGCAGAACCUAAUAACGAAUCUGCUUAUAAGACAAUGGUUCGUCGUAAUGUAAAUAUGGAAAAGCUGAAAGAUGACUAUUUCCUGACAAAUAUUAGCCGAAGGCAAUCUGCACACCUUCAGAAGUUCCCUGAUACGAAGUUGAUAAACCUCGGGAUUGGUGACACCACAAUGCCUAUUCCAAAGAGUAUUACCUCGAGUAUGGUAGAGCGGGCUGAUGCUCUGUCAACAAUCGAGGGUUAUAGUGGCUAUGGACCGGAGCAAGGGGAGAAGGCUCUGAAGGAUGCUAUUGCAAAUACUUUCUACGGGGAUUUAGGCAUUAAAAGCUCUGAGGUUUUCAUCUCAGAUGGGUCUCAAACUGAUAUUUCACGUCUCCAGCUCCUUUUGGGAUCCAGUGUCAGCAUAGCUGUGCAAGAUCCAUCCUAUCCGGCCUAUGUGGAUACAGGCGUUGUUGUUGGUCAGACUAAUGUAUUCCAAGAGUCCGAGGGGAAAUAUGGGAAUAUUGAGUACAUGAAAUGUUUUGCCGAUAAUGAUUUUUUCCCUGACUUGUCAACGGCCUCACGCACGGAUAUAAUAUUUUUCUGCUCUCCAAACAACCCAACUGGUUCCACUGCAACAAGAGAACAGCUGGCUCAACUGGUAGAGUUUUCAAGAAAAAAUGGAUCUAUAAUAGUGUAUGAUGCGGCUUAUGCUGCUUAUAUCUCAGAUGAUUGCCCGCGAUCAAUCUUUGAAAUCCCUGGAGCAAAAGAGGUUGCGAUUGAAAUUUCGUCAUUUUCGAAAUUUGCUGGGUUCACCGGGGUUCGUCUUGGGUGGACUGUAGUUCCCAGUGAGUUAUUAUAUUCAAAUGGUUUCCCUGUAAUAAAAGACUUUGAUCGCCUUGUUUGUACAUGCUCCAAUGGUACUUCCAAUAUCUCUCAGGCUGGAGGGCUUGCAUGCCUUUCCCCAGAAGGCUUGAAGUCUAUACAAACUAUCAUUGAUUUCUACAAGGAGAAUGCAAGAUUGAUUAUUGAGAUAUUCACCUCUCUUGGUUUUAAGGCAUAUGGAGGGAAGAACGCACCUUAUGUUUGGGUGCAUUUUCCUGGGAAGAGAUCCUGGGAUGUAUUCACUGAGAUUCUUGAGAAAGCACACAUUGUGACGAUUCCAGGUAGUGGAUUUGGCCCUUGUGGGCAAGGGUAUAUAAGGUUCAGUUCAUUCGCUCGGAGAGAAGACAUCAUAGAAGCUUCUUGGAGGUUGAAGAAUCUUUACAGCUAGGACAUAUUCUAGAUUGAAAUAUCAGGGCAUAUAUUUCACCGUGAAAUUGACCAAGGUGGGAGUCACUUGCAUGCUGUUGACACUUGGAAAAGCUACUUGCAACUGUCAACUUGUUUCCAUUAACCCUGUUUUUUCAUCCAUGCUGUGUCUUUGUGCUUUCUAUUAAAGUGAUGUUAUUUGUCUUUUUUUUUAUAGACCUUAAUUUGGCUUGUCCAAUGUUAUUUGGAUUGCAGAUACAUCAAUGGCAGUGGUUUAUAUUUU